CUCUCUCUCUCUGGUAAACCUGCUCGUUAGAAGGAAUGGGGAAUAAGCAUAGUCAAUACACCCAAGAUGAUGAGUUCAAAUUUCUGAUCGAUGAAACCAAGCUCCAAUAUGGAUAUGUAAUCAAUAAGGGUGAGAACACCACCGUUUACGUCGGAACAUAUAUGGCCAAACCUGUUGCCAUAAAAGUAAUACAGAAAGAAAAAGGCACAGAUGUGAGUGCUCAUCGAAACGAGAGAUUUCUGAGGGAGGUCAGGUUGCUUGCUGCGUCCAAGCAUGACAACAUUCUGAAGUUUAUUGGGUUCAGCCUGGAACCAGCCUUGACAUUAGUUACAGAAAUCAUGAAAGGAGGUUCACUUCAAAAGCACUUAUGGCACAUCAGACCAACCAAGCUAGACCAAAAGGAAGCUUUAGUUAUGGCAUUAGAAAUCUCUCGCGCAAUGGCAUAUUUGCAUGAAAAUGGCAUCAUUCAUCGCGACUUAAUGCUCAAUAAUAUUUUUCUAUCAGAAGGCAAGAAGAGUGUGAAGCUUGGGGACUUUGGGCAGUGUAGGGAGCGUCUGGAAGGUUAUUUUUCUACUGAUGUUGGAACCUAUCGCCGGAUGGCUCCUGAGGUGUAUAGUAGGGAGCGGGAUGGAAUCAGAAGCUUAACGACGAGAUACAAUCAUAAGGUGGAUGUAUAUAGUUUCGCUUUUGUUGUGUGGGAGCUGUACACAAACAAGACUCCUUUCCAGGGCAAGGAUAUCAACAUGAUUAAAAAAGCUGUACUUAAUAAUGAGAGGCCUAUCCUGGAUGAGGAGGAUAUUCCGUUUGCCCUUCAUGACUUUCUGCAAUCCUGCUGGUCAACUGAUCCACUACAACGACCAGAGUUUUCGGCAAUCACAAAAUUUCUAGAAGAAUUGCGGAGCGAAAUUGAGCCCGGUUGGGACAUUAUAGAACCCAGUAUCCUAGCUAGCCGGCAGGAAAAUUUGUGGAUGAAGACUAAGAAGAUCAUCACAAGACUGGUCUCCUGUCUUCCUUUUCGCAAAAAGCCACCUCCAAGUGGGCUGCUGUUUUUUCCUUAAGAGUGGCAUCUGCAAGUGUCUUUAAAUUCUGCUGCUGCAUAUAAGAUACAUACAUACAUACAGGCUUCUUGAUUGGCAUAUACUUGUAAAGUACACUUCAUUCUUGAUUCUUGGCAGAUUCCAUUUACUGCACAAUAAAACAAUAUAA